AUGAACAAAAGCUCCACUUUCCGGUGUGGACAUAGGCUGGAGUUGAAGCUGGUGAUGACAUGGACGCCGAGUGCUUGGAGGAGAAGACAUGCUUCUGGUCCCGGUGUUGGAGGAGACAUUCCUUGCGUUGGAGACACGGGAACCGUUGUUGAAGGUGGCGGGCUUGAACUUAUGCCGGGGAUCGUUGAUGGGCUUUCGAGGGAGGUGAGGACAUCGCCGAUGGAGGUGAUGAGACUAGGGGGACAGUGGGGGAGGUGUCAUGGCGGGGGUGGGGCGGAUGUAGUUGGUGAAGGUUCGACGACCGGUAGCUGA